AGAUGGGAUGAGAAAAGAUAAGUGUCCUGCACUGCAAAUGGCCUCCUGUUCGGCAUUUAUUGUUUGCUAGUCUGGAGUCAGCUUUGGUGGAUGAAGAAAGUUGAUGACUCUAAGAUGUUUGACAGAAUCAAACCAUCUGAUGAAGCUUCUGCUUCUUCAGCACAAGGAAUCGAAAGACAUGGUGUUGAAGGCUCUCUACGACAGGACAGCAGUAGCAGUUUACACACAAGAGGGCAAGAACAUCCUCAGCCUGGAGUAUCCACUGUGCAAAACAGACAAGGGUACUGCAACUGUUGCCAUGUACACUACAGUAAUCUGGAACAGCAUGUUUUCAGCUCCCAGCAUAGACAUUUUACCACUUACUGUAGAAAUCGUAUGGGUACCAGUAGCUUGAUGGAGCGUUUUCUGCAAGAUGUUUUACAGCAUCAUCCCCACAGAUACCAUGACAACAGACCAACCUAUGAUGACAUGCCACUCCCUGUCACUCCAGAGGCUGCUAGGAUUGCUUGCCUGUCCCCAGAAGAGAUGGAGAAAAAGAGGAACAGAGAUAGACAAGAGAUUUCCAGCAAAGACCGGGAGUCCGUUGGUGAAACGUGCUCUUCUCCUCCAUGCCUGUCUCAUGAGGGCACAAAGGAAACCUCUGUAACACAAGCAUUUAUUCAAAAACUAGAAAGAGGGCAGGAACAUGUUGCAAGAAUAUCCCAGCAGUCUAUGGGCAUUUGUAGCAAUGAGAAGUGGGAUAUCCCGAAAGAUGCUCAAAUUGCAAAUCAUAGCCAUGAAGGCCAGUUUACAGCUGUGAGCCCUGUACCUCAGCGUUUUUCUGUCAGUCCUUUAAUCCAUAGUUCUUCUGUUAAUCCUAAAACAGGAAAAAAUGUUAGGAAUUUGGCAGCAUCAAAUCUGAUUCUGCAUAGUGGAUGUGAUAGAACAGGAGUGGAGGUACGCCAUAGUGAUGUGUUAUUGAACCCAGGCUUGAAUCCUGCUCCGGCACCAGUUCACCCAAAACGCCUUUCAGUUUCUCAUGAGAAUCCUAUGUGCAGCCACAGCAAUUCUUUAUGUAUUACCUCAGGUCAAUCUCUCUCAAAACGAGAUGGUUUACGAACUCAGGAUGAAACUUUGGUGUCUGAUUUCCAUCUCAGGGAUACUGUGGGUAUCAGCAGCUCCCUAGAUCUUGGGACAUCCCCACAAUUAGCAAAAUGCAAAAACGUGAAGAUGAGCAGAGGUGAUGAAAGUUCAGUGGAUGAAACUAUUGAAGAUGUUAUUUUGAAAUACUGCCAUGGAACUACAUGUGAAGAAAUUUAUUUCAAAGAAGAGAAUAAUCCCUGUUUAACUUUUUCAUCACUUCUGGACCAUACUCAUUUAGAGGGUUCUGAAAUGAGUUUUGACUGUGAUGCACCUAUUCAGGCAGGAACAGACUUACCCAAGGCAGCUAUAAAAGAUAUAGAAUUCCUAAAAGAGGUCCAAAUAAGUUUGCAAGAUAAAGACUAUGGAACACAGCUCUCUUCUGUUUUAAAAAGGAAGGUCGUUUUCGCUGCUACUUUGACAGUGAAUCCUCAGCCAACUGUACAGGGAAGAGAAUGA